UACCAACUUGCGUGAAAUAGCGACAAAGUAAAAAUCGCCUUAUGCAUUUAAAUGAACUGAUAAUCCUAAUUCAAUUAGCUCUUCCUCUCCAGGGAGGAAAUUGUUCACUGAAACAAGGCCUAGCGAUGCUCUAACACUUGCCAACAAACACAAAAGUUCUGCUUAUUUUGUAAACUGCAAUCGUGAUUCUAAAAUGAGUUAAUUUAUAUUCAGUUAUGUUUCCAUCAAUCCAAUUGAUUAAUGUUUUCUUUCCAGAAACACUUCUAUGCUAUCCGACAAAUUUCAGAAUUGAGCAAAACUUUGUUCUGAAUUAAUUUUUUUUUUGACGAAUGAAUUUCAUAACAAAGUGCAAUAACUUGAUUGAGAUUUAACAUGGAGAUGAUAUAUUGUGUUAUUUUGCUAUUACAUAUGUUUGUCUUGCAAGUUUUACCGAGUGAGAUCAUAUACAGUAAAUGGAAACGUCGUAAGGAAGAGUGCAAAUUGCUUCAUGAUUAUGUCACAGAUCAACAACAAAUACAAAACUUAAACAGGUGUAUAGUUGCUUGCGAAAUGCAGCAUGAUUGUGAGACGGUGUCGUGGCAGAUUGGUGGCAACCUCUGUCUAUUUUCCAACAAAAAUGUAGUGGACGAUAAACGACAAGCUUACCUUAAAUGGGAGCAUUCAGAUGGGUGGAGUACCUACUCUAAAGUUCAUUAUCCAGUUUCACGUGUAAUGAAUCCGGAACCUGACUCAGACAUGAUGAACUAUGAGGAAGCUGUCCAAGCAUGCGCAGACCAGGGUUCAACAAUAGCGACACCCUCUGAUUUAGAAGACGCUCGCAACGCAGGUAUGGACACCUGUGCAUGUGGAUGGCUGUCAUCAGGUGAUAAUGGUGGAAUAGUCUCAUUAUCGGGCAGUUGUGAUCUUUUUAAUUCUACAAGUGGAAUUGAGUACUGUGGAAAUCCAAGGGCCAUAGCAUGGUGUCAACUUAAUUGAGAAAGCAAUAUAUCGCAAUUAUAUAAGUGCAGAUUGUUUCAUUCGGAUUAAUUUGUAAUUACAAUAUCAAACUGAGGAUUUUUAUACUGAUAUCUUUUUUUUUCUGGUAAUUUCACAUUAAAGUACGAAUCUACGAUAUUAUUGUGACAUGACAUAGAAAAAGGACUAGAUGAUAGUUUCAUGCGUUUUAUAUGUAAUUAUGUAAAUUAAAACGUGCAAUUUAUGCUAAUUAAGCUCAGGCCGUUUCUGUAUUACAUCUUUUUAAUGUAUUAAUUCACUAAACAGGGUUUGAUCAUAUUUAUAUUUCCAAAAUGUUUACUAUCUAAAAAGCUAUCACAUUAAUAAACUCUUAUCUACCUAAAACUUGUUAUUGAAAAUUAUGGUAUUUCGACUGAGUCGGGUUACGCAACAAGGGCUAACAAAAAUGACAUACAUUACGAUCGUGAUAUUAAUUAUCAUAAUUGGCGUGUUAAUACACUUCAAAUAUCUGUAUUUCUUAUCCAUUUAACCCUUAAUAUCUGAAAUGAUCUUGUUCAUCUUUCAAUUUUGGUGGCGGUGGUGUUGGUAGUUUUUACUCCGGAUCACGGCAAUAAGCCACAUUGAAUUUACCAGAGCACAUUUCACCCCAUCGCAUCGUUCCUGGGCAGGCCCACUUUCGCUGGGAACUAAAACUUCUGUACAUGCCAGGGCAGAGGUACAGUGCGAAUGACCGUAG